AUGGUGGACGAAGGUACUCAUCUGCCGGCACCUCUCCAGACUCGCCCUCCUCGUCAGCAACGCUUCCGGCCGGCGGCGUUGCUGACUGCCUUAUACCUGGGCACUCUAUUGUUCUUGCUCUGCGAGCAUGUUGCUCAACCAGUUUCAGCUGUGAACCUGCGAUCUUCGCAAAUUUCACAAGCGGCGGCGGAGGGGCCAUCCGCCGAGAACGGGGCAGCAGGAAACAAGCAGUGGGUUCUCAGACGGCUCAUUGUACCCGAGGAGCGCCUUCGCAACCAAAGGGUUAAGGGCACCGGCAGCAGUAGCGUAUCACCGGACGUCGGCGAGUGCAUCUUGCUCUUUGGAGCGUUUUGCAACGGCAACAUGGGCGACGUGAUCCAGCCGAUGGCGAUGGAGCACCUUCUCGCUUCCGUCGCCCCGGACCAGUGUUUUUGGUACGCCCACCCCGGGGUAGAGGGCGUUGACCAAGGAGACCGCAUUGGAGAGUUCUUCAGCGAUAACAUCAGCGGUGACUCGUCGCGGUUAAUCCACCUUACACCUGACCACGCGGAAAAGGUUAACGUGUUCAAGGCCCUCAUCAUCGGCGGUGGCGGAAUAUUUGCGGCCAAGCACGCCCCCCUUGACGUGGACGCCUUUGCGGAAAGUCUCACUCUGCCGAUCGUCAUCAUGGGUGUCGGGGCUAACAGUCCCAGGGCGAAGAAGUAUGCCACCCUCGUUGAAAAAGCCGUUUUCGUCUCCGGGCGGGACACGGAUUCGAUCGAUGCGUUCUCCAACCUGCUGCGGAAAAGCAAGGGCCCCGUGGUACAGCCAGAAGAUGUCGCUCUGGUGAGGGAUCCGGUCUUGAGUGACAAGAUGUUGACCGACACGAAGGGAACGUGCUGGAAGCAGAGCGAAGGAGAGCACGAGCAGCCGCUUUGCUUCAUCUUGCCGGCCUCCAACACAGCGCCCACCAUCGAAAUGCACAAGCACUUGUUGGCUCGCGUCGUGAGGCCGGGGGACGUUUUCGUCAACGUGUUCCCGAAGCACCAGGACGAGAUCCUCGAGCAGCACGACUACCCCGGCGAGGUCCUGCAAAUCCUCGAUCCUGCGGAAUUUACGCAACGGCUCUGCUCCUGCCGCGCCAUAGUCUCGACCAGGUUUCACGGAGUAAUCCUCGGCCUCCACAUGGGGGUCCCCACGUUCGGCGCCUCCGACAUGUCGUACGGGAACAAAGUCCCGGGUGUCUUGAUCGACACCAUGCGCCUACCCGAACAGUACCUCGUCAUCAAUGAGAUACUCACUCGUGAGGACCUGGAUCAGGAGGUCGGCAUCAUUAGAGGGCUGUACGCGAGUCACGGCCGUCGCACGUCCAUCCACGCCCGGCUGUCCGAGCUAUCAGAUGACUUCGAAUCCCACGCAGAACAUGUGCUCUUCCAUGUCCUUGGCGUCGAGAAGCAGGAAAGCCUGAAGAAACAGGUGCAGCAUCGGGCGGAAGACUUCUUUUCUGAAGCUGAGAUUACAGCCUUUCUGCCGGCGGCCUCCGCGAUUGGAGGCAACACCGCGUCUGAACGGCGUUCCGGCUCGAGCGUUCUGCCGAAAAAUGACGGUAGCGAGGAUGCGGCAGUCAUCGCCGGUAGAGCCGUGGUUGUCAAGGCCACCAGUGAUAUCUCUCCCGAACUAGACACCAAGAAGGAAGAGAAGAAGAAGAAAAAGAAGUCGGAGAAGAAACCGGUAACGACUGAGGAGGCCGAGACAGAGGAGGAGAAAAAGCGAACCGCCGCGGCGAUCUCACAGGAAUCUCUACCAAUGAUAGAGCGCGUGGGUGGGACUACGGCUGACCACGCCGCCUCUGGCACGACACGGAUCGCCUUGAAACCGUCGAUCUCUCGUACGUCUGAUGUUAUUCAACGUUCAUCGGCUGCCAAAACCGACGGCCACACUCGUGCUACCACCCCAAAGACCUCGACGUCCGCAAAGACCAAGGAGAAACUAGUCGAUGUUACCGACGUGAAGGCCAAGGAGGCGACGGAGAGCGUUCCGCUCGCGGCCUUACUGCUUGCAAACAGCGGCGUUUUUCGUCGGUCCGUAGAAGAAGAGGCUGGGCCGGAAACGGACGGCUCUAGGGCGUCGGUAGGAACAGACGAUCCUUCAGCCGCUGAGCCUCUGAAACCAAGCGACAUGAUAGUCAAGAAGGGCGUGGUUGCCGACGGGCAGCAGCAGAAGAGGAGCAGGAAUGAAGGAACCGCUGCAACAACAAUCAGUGUUGACGGGUACCAUCGGCGCCGGGAACCCCGAACGAUGGAACGAACCGCCACGACCUCAGAAACAUCCGUGCCGGACAUGGAAAGCGCUACCGACAACGGUGCACCGGCAGCGGAGGGAGCGUCCACGAAUGACGCGAUCGGAGGCGUCCUGAUCGACGACGACUACAUGGCUGCCACGUUGCUGCUCGGGGUAGUUGUCGGGCUGGCCUUCUUGCCGUCCGGAGGUACCGCUCGGAAGGCGUCCCACGACGGCCUCUUCGUUGGCGGUGCCGUCGCGGAGAGCGGGCGGGGCACGGCCUCCCGCGCGCCUUGCGAUGGAGACUCGCUCACAAGCGGCGGGUCUGAGCUUUGCGUGUGGCCCACGCGCUCGGCCGGUUCGGCGAGCGGGAUCGCCGCCACGCCUUCCAGGAUGCUCUUCAUGCUCAACUUCGCGGGGUGGGUGUCUCUCGCCAUCGGCUUCAGCGGCUACGGCAAGGCUUACCUCCGCGACACGCGCGACCCCGUGGGCCUCCUCGUUCUGCAGGGUGCGGUAGGUGUGGUGGUGCUGUGCUCUCUCGGACGCGUGGGAAUCCUGGAUCUUAGUGCGGGCAAAGGCAUGACCCCGUCCGCCGCCCGCCACGCCGGGCUGGCUGCCCUCUUGCACACCGGGCAGGCGCUUCUGACCAACUUCGCCGUGUUCUCGGGCGGGGUAGCCAUGACCAACGGGCUGAAGGCCAUGGAGCCGGUCGCCGCGGCCGUUUUUUCGUACUUCCUGCUCGGCAAGAAGUGCUCCGCCCCGCGCGUGGUUGCACUAGCCACGAUCGUGGCGGGCAUUUCCUUGCUGACCUCCAAAGACAACAAUAAUACCGGCAGCAGCAGCGACAACGACUACGUCCUUGUCUCGGCGGUCUUCACUAUGGCGGCCGUGUGUGUCAACGCCCUCCGGAACGUCGUGAUCAAGAAGGGCGACCCAAUCCCUCCACACCACUCCCUCCUCGCCUGCAGCGGGGCCGCGACGGUCGUCGGUGUCGGCCUUAUGUUGCUCAGGUCUGGGCUGCUUGCCUUGGGCGAUCACGACCAGGAGAACGGCCAGUCUAUCAACUCGGGGCGUGAUCCCGGCGCUGGCUGGUUCCGGAUGGGCGGGGUGAACGCCGCCCUCUGCUUCGUCGGCUACAACCUGGCCUCGUUCAACCUUCUGGUCCGCCUCAGCCCCGUCGGACACGCCGUGGGCAACUCCUGCAAGCGAAUGCUCGUGUUCGCAACCGGCCUCCUGUUCCUGGGCGAGGUGAUGACCGUUCGCCAGCUGGGCGGCACAGCGGUGGCCCUCUUCGGAGUGCUGGCGUACAACAUCGCGGGCACCUGGUAA